AUGCUGGAUGAUCAGAGUCGCCGUCGACGAAGACCACGAUUGCAACAACGCCAUGAGGACACUCUACACCUCCCACAAGCGUCUUGUCAACCAGCGUGUGAUUCCUCACAGCGAUGUAUUGCCAAUGUCAACACGUGUAGCGAUUGUCCACCAGCCGAGUGCGUGAGUUUAUCAGCUUUGGAAUUAUCUUCAACUACAGCUGAAGUAAGCAAGGCAUCUGACAGCAACAAUGAUGGUGGUGGCAAUAGUCGCGUUGGAUUGAUUGCUGGCCUUACGACGGGGCUGGUUGUGGGUGCAAUUAUUAUUGUAUCAGUGGCAGGAUUUGUCUUUUACAAACGACGUAAGCAACGACGACAAAAAGAACAACAACAACAGUAUCCACAUCAACCACCACCACAACAACAACAACUUGAACUCAAAUCGCUCGGUCCUCCACCUCCUGUUGUUGUACUACCAUCCACUGCAGUACAGGACCCGUUCCUUCCGCAUCCAUCACCGACAACAGCCGCCAUCCAGCCUCCUCAACCCACUUCUCCACCAUUAUCAUCCCCUACUCAUCAGCCUACAUUGCAUGUAGAUCCACCACAAUCACCUGUAUUCAUGGGCACAUCGCUACAGAUCCCACGUUUGACAACGCCUCCUUCUACAACAACAAUCCGCCAAUCACUCAAUUUAUUGCCAUCUUCGACUAUUACACCAGCAACAUCUUCUAUCAAUCGAUCAUCAUCGGUCAAGGUUACAAAGUACGAUUAUCGGAACAAUGAUCUGGAAGAUGAGUUUGAUGACACCGUUCAAAUCCGCCGUGCUGUUUCAGUGAAAAAGAAUGGGUUAUCAAGAUCCGCAUCGGUUGGCGCUCAUUCUCAACAACAACAACAACAAGCCGGUCGCUUACUCGUAGCCAAGCCCACCAUGGUACGAAUUGUGACCCGAACAGAGGGUGGUGUCACACGUAAAGCAUCUGUAAAAAGUGCCGAUCCAGCUCCUCGUACAACAACAACAGCUAUUACAAAUGAUAGUAACAGCCAUCUUGUUGCUACGGAUACAACUUCCUCAGCUUCAUCGGCUGAUCAUGACGAUGAUGAAGACGGCGGCGAUGUCUUAUUACGUGUAGAGGAUCCAAGACCAAGAACAAGUAGUUGGAUAUCGCAACAAAGUGGAGAGAUUACUGUGAUCUGGGAUCGACAUGAUAACAACAAUGCUGAAUCAUCCGGUGAUGUCAAAUGA